GCUAGAAUCCUUUCCUGUAAUAAAUUCCUCCCUUGCCCUCACACCCAGUACUGCCUCAGGUAUGGGCGGGCAAAGAGUUUAUCAUCUGGGGAGGCUGCCGACAGUGGAGUGGUUCCCAACCACCAAGACUCGUGCUCUAACAUUCCCAUCUUAGCUCAGCAAAGUGCCUCUGGGCGUUGUCCUGGGGUGCCCCUGCUGCCUUUCUCCUGUUCCUUCAUGGGUGCCCGGACUCUCCAAGGAGCUAGGCCUGCUCCAAACCAUCAGCUCAAACUUUGCAGCAGACAGCCUAGGACCUGAAGGGUAGGAUCCUGAAGGCCAGCAGCACCAGUGAACUCAGAAUGACAGGGGAGAAGCUGCCCUGGUUGCCAAACAAUUUUCCUGCUCUGCAUGGUCACUAAGAGGGAAUUAUGGAGGACAAACGCAACAUCCCGAUCAUCGAGUGGGAGCAUCUGGACAAGAAGAAGUUCUAUGUCUUCGGUGUCUGCAUGACCAUGAUGAUCCGGGUGAGCGUUUACCCCUUUACGCUCAUCCGAACACGGCUGCAGGUCCAGAAGGGCAAGAGCCUCUACAACGGGACCUUCGAUGCCUUUGUGAAGAUAUUACGGGCGGAAGGGGCAGCUGGGCUGUACCGGGGCUUCUUGGUCAACACCUUCACCCUGAUUUCAGGCCAGUGCUACGUGACCACCUACGAGCUCACCCGCAAGUACGUCUCCAAGUACAACAACAGCAACGUCGUCAAGUCGCUGGUGGCCGGCGGCUCAGCCUCCCUGGUGGCGCAGAGCAUCACAGUGCCCAUAGAUGUCAUUUCCCAGCACCUCAUGAUGCAGCGCGAGGGUGAGAGCAUGGGCAGGUUCAAAGUGCGGUACCAAGACUGCAAACGUAAUGUGGUCUUCGGCCAGACCAAGGACAUCCUUGUACAGAUCUUCAACGCUGACGGACUGAGAGGCUUCUACAGGGGCUACGUGGCCUCUCUGCUCACCUAUAUUCCCAACAGUGCGGUAUGGUGGCCUUUCUACCACUUCUAUGCAGAACAGCUCUCUGGCCUGACACCUAAAGACUGUCCACACCUCCUCCUCCAAGCUAUAUCUGGGCCACUAGCAGCUGCAACGGCUUCCACUCUGACCAACCCCAUGGACGUCAUCAGGGCUCGCGUGCAGGUGGAAGGCAAGAGCUCCAUCAUUCUUACUUUCAAGCAACUAAUGGCAGAGGAAGGCCCAUGGGGCCUCACUAAAGGCCUCUCCGCCCGUAUCAUAUCGGCCACCCCUUCCACCAUCGUCAUAGUGGUGGGGUAUGAAACGCUGAAGAAGUUGAGCCUCCGCCCAGAGCUUGUGGACUCUAGACACUGGUAGCAAACAGUGAGUGCGAGAGCAUCUUCUAAACCCUGUGGAUUCAGACCGUGGUUAAAAGCUCAGCGAAAGGGAGACAGCUGGGGUUCUCCUUGGCCUCCCUCAGUUACAGGAUUCUGGGGUUUCACAGCAGAGGACAGAAUCAAGAGCAGCUGCAGUCACCUCCUCAGGUCUGUUGCAACACAACAUUCUGCUGCUGUUUGGGGGAAAAAAACCAAACGUAUGGCAAAGCUUUUGACUAAAAAUUCAUUCAAGGAUGAGCAGGUGUGUGAGUGAAACCUAACAAUUUCCUGAUCUCUCUUAAAUUAAAGACUAUCGGUUUAAGCAAAAAAAAAAAAAAAAAAGUUUAUUCUUGAAAUGAAUUUUAAUCUUUUAAUUUUGCCAAAUUUCCGUAUGGGGGGAAAUGUACAAGCUCUAGCAGGGCCUCCUGGUGGAAAGUCUGCUAAUUACAGGGGUACUGUGAGAGGUAGAAAAAUAUAUCAUAUAUAUGUACAUAGUAAAACUUUUCUCAAACAGCCUUUUUUAUUUUUAAAAAAAAAUGAGGGACGAGAGUAACAAAUACCUGGAUCAGUUUUUAAGACCUUGCUUACCACUUUCUGAAUAGAUCUGUACAUAAUUUUUGUAUAUUCUUGGAAACUAUUUCACUUCCUCACACAUCUUCCAAGUGUCAGAGCUGGUGUUCUGAUGCUCACGAGAGUUGAGUAAUAUUUGAGCUGUUUGUUUCUUUAGGCUAAUGGCAAUUAUGGCUCCUAAUCCAGGUUUUAAUUUUUUUUUUUUUUUUAAUUUCAGGGUGGGCAGGGGGGGGAUGACAUUUAUUAAGGGACUGACUGGUUAACUCUGUGCCCUUGGCAAAUGUGAGUGUAAACGUUCUACAUCCAGUGGAAAUGUCUGCUGCUCCCCACCCUUCAUUUCUUUAGGCACAAACAAAUCCAGAGAGUGAUGGAAAUGCUCAACUUCCUUGUCUUUAGGAGCAAAUUGAAGUGGAUGUGACUACGGAGUAGGAGCUGAACUUGCUUUAAUUGACAUAGAAUGGAAGAAGGAAAAUCGCUUCUGCCUUUCCAUCGACACCUGAUAGGUGUGCAUGUAUCAGCUACUGCGUAACGGUUCUUUACUACAAAAUAGAUCAAAAUCCUGUGUCUGGGGGAGAGGAAGGGGGUUUUAAUCCAUUUUUGCUGUAGAGAAAAGCUUAUUCCAAACUAUGGCUUGUCUCUUACCAAACUAAGGCUCCUAAUCAAGUUGUGCAGCACCAGCCUGUACUCAGUGGGUCAGAUUCUGUUCUUAGUCACGUUACCCCCAACGUGCAUCCCGUGAUUGAGAGCAGAAUCUGGCUCCCAGGUCUUGCUUUUCCUAGCUAGUUAUAGAGGUGGUGGGGGCUCAGUGAGAUCGAGUAGAUAACCCACUACCUCCAAAUACCGAUUCGUAUAUCACAGAUUGAUACUUGGCUGCCUGUUUUCAUCCAUCUCACUACCUUCAUGAGGAGUUCUUGGUGCCAACCCUGUUGUACUGCAGCUGUCCGCCUCUUGUUCAGCCAUUCACCUGUCUUCUAGCUCUCAGUAGAGCAUGGGCUUCCCCUGAGCGGAGCCCCAGAUGUGCACAGAUGUAAGGAGCUCCUGGUUUACUCUGCGGAUAGAGUGAGCCCAGCCAGCCCUGGGGCACAGAAUAGAGGUAUAUUCAGAAUAGAGCACUGCCUUUCAGCAGUGCUACAUGGAUAUCAUUUGGGGAUGAAAGUGUGCAAUACAGACUCCCGGCAUGACACUGGGCACUGUGCUCCAGGUUCUCCUUCUAUAACAUGGAGAAAAUAGUACUCUUCACAUGGGGUGUUACGAGGAUAACCAUGACAUGCAUGAGGUGCUAACACACCAGGGUGAUGGGUACCAUAUCAGGAACUAGACCGAGGUACCAGCUGGCCGCCUUGCCUCGAACAUCUUACCCUGACUCUGCUCUCCUCUGAGCUAUGUGCACGAAUGCACGGGGUAUAGAACUCCCUUCUUCAAUACACUAUAGUCCGUAAUACGAUACAAAAGCCUGGUCCCUUAGAAAGAAAGAUGGGGCAAGAGGAGAAUAUCAACAUUAAGAAUCGAACCACAUGACCUUGCAGGGGGAAAAAAUGUGGGUCCUAAACCAGUAAAUGUGGAGAAAGUUUUGUUCAAAUUACCUGAGAUCGUGAGUUCUGUUCCUGGGCAUGCUGCAGGAGGACACCUCGCUUUUGUGUGUGUUAUAUAUAAAAUGUACAUAUGAAACAUCAUAAAUGAUAUGCAGGUGAGGUGUCAAAUAUAGCAAAAGAUUAUAGUCCUACUGUGGACUUUGACUGUAAGUAAACUGAAACUGUAUCCCAUGAUAAAUUAGUCCUCUUUCAUUUGAAAACAGAAGGUUUUCUUAACUCAGGCAGGUAACUUAUGAUUUCUAGUGGGAAACGAUUUCAGAUACUCUGGAGUCAUGUUACUCUUUUUAACUAUCUUUGAUAGAUAAUUGAAUUGAGUGACCUGGAAUACAUCCCCUCAUGCAGAGCAGACACCGUGCUAUAGCUGCCAGACACUGAUCCUGAACGAGUUGAAAAGCAUUGACAGUGUAGCUGCUGUUUGUCGGCAGGGGGGAGCUCUACUGCGGACACAGUGCUGUUCGUACCGGCACUUUUCAUUGGUAAAACUUUGGCAUUCGGCAGGGUGGGUUUUUUUAACACCCCAAACAACAAAAGUUUUGCUGAUGACAUGCUAGUGUAGACAAACCCUCGGGUUCUGCAUUUGCCUGUGGGGUCCCCCUGCCAAUUUUUGUGCUUUAACAACACUUUCCUAUUUUUUAAAAAUGUUGCUUUCACAGAGCAACAGGAGAGAUUAUCACUAAUGAAGAAAGUGAUGGUAGUUGAACAGUGAAAAUGAUUAUAUGCAAAGUGUCAAAUUUAAAUAUAUUGUGCAAGGUUAAACAUUCUGGAAAAACAUAGCCUGAGACAUGUGGUACUUGAAACCGCAAUCCCUUCUGAAACUGACUAGAUAGCAAGUUAAGUGUCCCUUCAGACUGAUGUGCAGUUCAGCUAGUCUGGAUUUAACUUUUACAAGCGGUGCAGUUUUGUCCUGCAGAACAAAUGUAGGCAAUCUUUUCCUUUUAUUUUUCUGCACGAACCUGGCAUCUCCAGCCAUCUGUUUUGUGCCCAGUUUGGAUUAUUCCUCUUCUCCACGUAGUUCAGAUGUAAUUGAUCAUUUUCAUUAAACCAUCAAGCCUCAGUAUAUCCAAUCAGUUCUUAAGAUCUGAAUCAGGCAGAGGUUUCCACUGGGGAUGUCACAACAGAAUGAUAAUACAUUGUACUAAUCAGCCUGUAGUGGCUAAAACGUAUAUCUUUUCUGGCAGAUAAAGCAUUUCAAACCCUUUGUGGUUAUAUUCAUUUGGACGGUUUUUUCUGCUCAAGGGCAUUUAUCAGCUGUGGAGUGACUAUGUUAAUCUCUGCUGUGACAACUUGUGGUAGUACAGUAUUUCCAUUGAAUUUUGCUCAUCUGUUACCGUAUUGUCAAUUUAUUCUUGAUGUCCCCACCCCCAGCCUUUCUGAUAUGCUGCUGGUUUUUAUGUACAGUAGAUGAUCAUCCUCUCAGUAAACUGAUGAGUGGGUAUAAUUGUUUCCUGAUGAAAUCCAUGCAUGUCUUUAUCCCAAGUGCAAACCCCUCUAGAUAACUGAGUAUUUUGAAGUUUUGCCACUCUCUCAGGCCCAAUCUUAAUUUUUAUUAUAUAUGGUGGUGUGAUCUGAACUUUCCCAUACCUACAUGCCAGUCUGCAAGAAGAAAUCUGGGAAUGGAACAUUGUAGGGCUUCCAUUGUAUUAGAGGAACUGAUGUGCUAGACUAAAGGGGGUCCCAACACAAUACAAUCUUUGAAUGAGUUUGGGAAGUUUGAAAGCCAUGAUGUUGGAAUCUGAUUGCCUACGUCUGUCACAGUGGGGGUACAGAAUGAUACGACUCAGUGCCUGUUCUAAAAUAUGAUGCUGGGUGAAUGUAUUGUGUAUGUUUAACAGGUUUCACUGUUGCACUGUAAUAUGUCUUUGUGUAAUUAAAGUUUUUAUUAUUUA